AUGCCUGCAGCAGCAGAGAACAGGAGCCUGAUGUUCUCUCUUGGCUCAUGUUCACUGAAGAGUUCCUGGUCCAUAGCGACGCUGAAGCCUGAUGAAUUUGUGGACGAUGUGUUUGUCUGUCGUGAAAACUUCAUUGACUCCAACUCCAGAUUUAAGGCCCCGUGUCCAGCAAAAGACAGAGAGAACAUCACUUUUCAGAUAACAUCUCCAGAACCUUCUGACAAUGGGACCUACUGUCUCCAAGAACGCGGCAAAAACUGCAGCUGUGUCCCCCUGGACUUUAAUAACAACUCAAAAGACCAGCACAACAGCACUACAGAUUCUCCAGUAAACCCUUGGACCUCUGUUGGUGCAGUUGUUGGUGUCUCUGUUGGUGCAGUUGUUGGUGUUGUUCUGCUCAUUGUUGGUGGAAUAUUUAUAUAUUGUUACUGUAAAAAGAAACUAAUCUGCACAAAAACACGUGGGAACUCUGCACAGGGAAAGACGAGAAAGAACGAGAGUGGAACCUCUGAGGAGAUGAAGGAGCUCAACAAACCAGAUGAGGAGAGAAACCAGGAGGAGACUGUGAUCAACAUGGAAGGAGGAGGACGAGGAGGAGAAUGAGAGGGAAGAGGAGGAUGUGAAGGAGUGACCCACACAAAGUUCUUUCUGUGUGAAGCAGAACAUCAGAUGUAGUUCAUUUUGGAAAAAAAUCCAUGGGGAAAGAUAGAGGGUUUUCAUUUGGUAGUAACAGGUCAGCAGGGGGCGCUAUGUUCAGCCAGAAUCAUUUGGGGAGGGGGAUUUUAACACUGGUCUUUAGGGGGAAACUUGUCCACUCUGUCGUCUAUGACAAAGUCAAAUGAGCUCCAGAACACGCAGCAGAAUGAACUUGUACUGUGAAAAUAACCAUCUCAUCCAAAAGACCAAGAUAUAAGAUGUUCAGAUUAGUAGAAACUCAAUGAAACUCUACUCAAGUGUCUCCACGACCGAGCACCAAAGUCCAUCUGUGACAUGUUAGUGUCAUAUGAACAUCUCACACUCUGAGGAGCUCAGGGACCAACUCCUGCUGGUGCCAGAGUCACGACUAAACAAGAGGAGUCAGAGUUUCAGGUUCAUGCAGCUAAAACCUGGAACAGUCUGAACAUGUGAGACAGACUCUUCUGUGACGCUGUUUAAAUCCAGACUCUAAACAUUUCUGUUUAACUGUGCAAAUAACUGAAAGGUUUUCAUUCCGCA